AGGGAGUGAAAAAUGUCCCUUAAAAGGAGUUUUCCUACAGAACAGGACACUGACAGGGAACAUGAGAGGAUCAAGACAGACAGACCAGUCUCACCUGCACCUAGUGGUGUCUCCAUGAAGAGUGACCAGUCAAUGGGACUUCCUAUUCUCUUUAGGAAAGCAGAACUUUCCACUGAGCAAAGGAUCAAGACAGACAGACCAGUCUCACCUGCACCAAGCUGUGUCUCCAUGAAGAGUGACCUGUCGAUGGGACUUCCUAUUUUCUUCAGGGAUGGAUCCACUGAGCAAAGCAGUAUCUCUGAGGAGAAUGACCAGUCAAUGGAUCACCAACCCAGAGUCCCUACUGAUGAGAAAGUGUACCCAACAGAAGUCCAGGAGAAAAUGAAACCCUACUUGAAGAAUAGGAUAUAUUCUUUAUUUGAGGGCAUUGAUGAUCAAGGAAAAACGACACCUCUUAACGACAUCUACACAGAGCUCUACAUCACACAAGAUGGAAGUGGAGAGGUCAAUAAUCAGAAUGAGGUGAGACAGAUUGAGACAGCAUGCAGUUGUCAAGUAGAACACGAGACAUCAAUCCAACUCAAUGACAUCUUCAAACGCUUACCUGGACAAGACAAGCUUAUCAGAACAGUGCUGACAAGGGGAAUUGCUGGCAUUGGAAAAACAGUGUCUGUGCUGAAGUUCAUGUUGGACUGGGCUGAAGAGAAAGCAAAUCAAGACAUCCAGAUCAUCUUUCCACUUCCUUUUCGGGAUCUGAACUUGAUGAGAGAUAAAAAUCAAAGUCUGAUAGAACUACUUCAUCACUCCUUUAUAGAAACAAAACAAUCAGAAAUCUCAGAAAACAAAAAUAUUGUGUUUGUUUUUGAUGGUCUGGAUGAAUGUCGCCUUCCUCUAGACUUCCAGAAUAAUAAGAUCUGCUGUGAUGUCACAGAGUCAACUUCAGUGGAUGUUCUUCUGACAAACCUCAUCAAAGGGAAUCUGCUUCCCUCUGCUCACAUUUGGAUAACAUCCCGACCUGCAGCAGCCAAUCAGAUCCCUCCUGAGUGUGUUGACCAGGUGACAGAGGUACGAGGAUUCAAUGACCCACAGAAGGAGGAGUACUUCAGGAAGAGAAUUGGUGAGGAAGACCUGGCCAGCAGAAUCAUCUCACACAUAAAGACAUCAAGGAGCCUCCACAUCAUGUGCCACAUUCCAGUGUUCUGUUGGAUUUCAGCCACUGUCCUAGAGAGACUAUUGGUUGAAGCAGAGAGUCGAGAGAUCCCCAAGAAUCUAACUCAAAUGUACGCUCACCUCAUGAUCUUCCUGUCAAAACUGAGGACUCAGAAAUAUCCUGUAGAGCAUGCCAACGAUUCUCACUGGGAUAAAGAGAUGAUUCACGCACUGGGAAAAUUGGCUUUUCAACAGCUAGAAAAAGGCCAUCUGAUAUUCUAUGAGGAAGACCUGAGAGAGUGUGGCAUUGACAUCAAGGAUGCGUCUGUGUACUCUGGAGUGUGCACUCAGAUCUUCAGAGAAGAGUCUGGGCUUAACCAGAUGAAGGUGUACUGCUUUGUACAUCUGAGUAUCCAGGAGUUUCUGGCUGCACUAUAUGUGUUCCUCAUGUUCACUAACGACAACAACAAUCUGAUGGCUAAAGAGAAAUCCCUCCGCAACAAAAACAGUCUAUAUGAAGAUGCCGUGGACAAGGCCUUGCAGUUUGAAAAUGGCCAUCUGGACCUUUUCCUCCGCUUCCUUCUUGGCCUUUCACAUGAGUCCAAUCAGCAUCUCCUACAAGGCCUACUGACACCAACAGGAAGCAGCUCACAGAACAACAAGGAAACAGUCAAGUACAUCAAGGAGAAGAUCAGGAAGAACCUCCCCCUGGAGAGGUGUAUCAAUCUGUUCCACUGUCUGAAUGAACUGAAUGAUCAUUCUCUAGAGGAGGAAAUCCAAAGCUACCUGAGAUCAGGAAGUCUCUCAAAAUCUAAACUCUCACCUGGACAGUGGUCAGCUCUGGUCUUCAUGUUGCUGACCUCCGAGAAGCUGGAUGUGUUUGACCUGAAGAAAUACAUCAGAUCAGAUGCGGCUCUUCUCAAACUUCUCCCAGUUGUCAGAUCCUCUAGAACAGCCCUGCUGAACGAAUGUAAACUCACCAAGAAAAGCUUUGAGGCACUGGCUUCUGUUCUCAAAUCAAACUCAUGCUGUCUGAGAGUGCUGGACAUGAGUGGCAAUAAACUCCAGGAUUCAGGAGUGAAGCUGCUCUCUGCUGGACUGGAGGAUCCACACUGUAAACUGGAGACAUUGAAGCUGUCAGGCUGCAGCAUCACAGAGGAAGGCUGUGCUUCUCUUGCUUCAGCUCUGAGGUCAAACCCCUCCCACCUGAAGGAGCUGGACCUGAGUGGAAAUACUCCAGGAGUCUCUGGAGUAAAGCUGCUCUCUUCUGUACAAGAGGAUCCCCUCUAUACACUGGAGACACUGCGGUUAAAUAGUUUGAGAGAGCUUGACCUGGGAGGAAAGAAACUCCAGGAUUCAGGAGUGAGAUUCAUCUGUGCUGGACUUGAGAAUCCACAGUGUAAAUUGGAGACACUGAGGCUGUCAGGCUGCAGCAUCACAGAGGAAGGCUGUGCUUCUCUUGCUUCAGCUCUGAGGUCAAACCCCUCCCACCUGAAGGAGCUGGACCUGAGUGGAAAUACUCCAGGAGCCUCUGGAGUAAAGCUGCUCUCUUCUGUACAAGAGGAUCCCCUCUAUACACUGGAGACACUGCGGUUAAAUGAUUGACAGCUCACAGAUUCAGUGAAGGAAUGGCCUCAACUCAAAAUCCUUGGUUGUGGUAGUGCCCCGCAGUUAAAUGUUUUUCCAACAGUUACUAAAUGAAUUUCAAAGUGCAUGAAUGUAAA